CAGAAUUUCAGUUGUACUUCCACUUCUUUGUACGACGGUUCAUCUACUUACCAUGAGACCAUGGAAAAGAACGGCUCUGCUUCUGGCACUCCUGUUGUCCUUUUCUCGGAGCCAUGCUCAGUGGACGUCAACCCUCACUAACCAAGCCAUACUCUCACCUGUGCAGAGCAUCGUUCCCGUCGUCUCUGAAUGCGAUUGCAAAGCGCUAUGCAGCGAGGACAACAGUUGCAUGGCCAUUUCGUAUGAUGCUGUGGGCGACACGUGCACCAUCAGUGAAGGGACUCAGAGUUCGUUGAGAACGCAAAAUCAACUUGAGACCGUCACCUAUACCAAGUUCUCAUACACGCCUCCUGCUCCAAUCCUCUUCAUGUCGGCUCAAAUUACAUCGAACUUUUCUCGGACACUUUUGACUGAGAUGUGUGCUGCUGAGAAUGGGUUCCCAUUCAUCAUCCGGACCGUAGAUCAACGCGAAGAAGCUAAGCACCUGGUUUGGACUACAGGGUACAGGAUAACUCUGAACGAGAUCACGCCCUACCUGGACGGAGGGCUGGUGUACGGCACCGCCAAGGGCUGGGCCGACGCCCUACGCACCUUCAGCAACGGCAGCCUCGCCCCCCACGGCCUGCUGGCCUGGCACGACCAGGUGCUGCUCUGUCUCUAG